AUGAACGGAGAAAGCGCAUCUUCUAUCUUUCAGUUCAGCAACAAGCAAUCAAGAGUGCUGGAAAAUGCGUGCUACUGCGCGCUGCAUUACAACACGGAAAAGGCGCGCUGCACCAGCAACCCCGAGGCGUUCGAGAAGUCCGUCCCGCUGAGGGAAUUCUUCCCCGGCCCUACACCAGCUCCAUACGAGAGUGUAGAGUUGGAUUUCGGAAGGUUCCAGGCGACCGAAGGGCUCUUCAACCCUGACGCCUGGGGCCUCGACCAUCCUGGUCUUCACAAGCUCGUCCACAAGGCCAUUUUGGAAUGUUCGAUGGACAUCCGCAAGGAGAUGAGCCGCAGCAUCUUCCUGGCGGGCGGCGUGACGCAGCUGCCCGGCCUCGCUGACCGCCUCACCGCAGAGCUCGACAACCUCACGCCACCUGCCAUCAGGCCCAAGGUUCACGUGUCCCCCUACCGCUACCACGCGGCGUUCAUCGGCGCCUGCACGUUGGCAGAGUCGCCGGCGUUCACGCAGAGUCUCGUCACCAAAGAAAACUGGAUGAAGAACGGCAACGCUGCGCUCAGGAAAUGGACUCUGUAAAAUACGUAAAUUUACUGCAACGUCGACUGUAAAUGUGGUGUUUUAAUACAGAAAAAUGUGUGGAUGUCAAGAAAUAAUGAAGAUAUUAAUGGGGAGUUUACUUUUUUGUUGGUAAUGUGAAUUUGUGUAGAGGUAGAUCAUAUUUUGGUUAAAGCUAAUCCGAGUUGAAGCUUCAGUUAAUAAAAUUAAUACAUUCUACUGCAAUAACGAUGAGUCUAUUCGCUGUGCAAUGACUGCUUGAUAUUUGCACUUAGAUCAAUUUUGUCUCCCUUCGAUUUAGUAGUUGUUUUCUCGUGGCCUUCAUUACACAAGAUUCGUUUAUACUGCAUACGUAUCAAUUAAACGUAUCUAACUAAUCAAGUGAGUUGAAGCUGAACCUAAUUUUAAAGUUAUCCGUUAUUUGCAGAUUUAUAUUAGGAAAAAAUAGUCAAUUAAUAGCUGAUUUUAUACACCUUUUUAUUGUUACAACAUAACGAGAUAUUUCUAGCCAAGUAGUCAAAAAUCUAGCUACAAAUUUAUUAUUUUUAUGUGUCUUUUAUUGGUAAAAUUAUUUAUUUGGUUGAAUUUAUAUUCUGUUUAACUAUUCCUUCGCUUUUUCCCAUUUCUGCUAUCUAAUUUAAUGCUUCGAUUUCUGUCAUUGAAUUAUGCUUAUUUGUUCUAUCUGUGUAUAUAUGAAUUACCUACGUAACACACAUGGAGCUGAUUGAUAUAUUAGAUUUCUGGCUAUUUCCUGCCAUCACCGUGUUCCUCGUUUAUUAGGUAUUAAAUUUGUGUUGAAAAUGUUUGAGUUUUAAUGUUUAUUACUAAGUCUGAACUCGAAACAUUUAUGCCAACUUGAUAUUUGUCUACCGUAGCAGUUGAAACACAAUUUUAUGAACAUUGUCCACUAACUUGCGUAAGAUUACCUACCAAUUUUUAGAGUAAAUAAAAAGGAUUUGAAGUAGUUAGGGUCUUAUGAGAUUAAUUCCCAGCGAACGCACAACCCGUGAUAGCUUCACGAGCUUCUUUCAUUGUAGAUGUUUGGGUUUCGUUGCUGAAGUUCGCUCUUUUCUUAAUCCAGUGAACUCUGUAUACUCGUCAUUAUCACGUGUAUUUCUAGAACGCUCCGUUUGAAGAAUGAACCACGACGAUGAUGUGGUUCGAGUUGUCUUAAUUAAUGCAUUUCGGAUAUUAUGUUAUCAUAGGGACCCGUUAGUUGCAAUAUUUAAUUGCUAUUUCACCAUAUAGUUUUUAUUUGUUGCUGUUCGCUUGUUUCAAGCCUACCCUGCAUAAACCCCUUCUAUGCAUUGCACUGCUUAGCGCUUUUGUACAUCUCCUAUCAUCAAGUCUAGAUUCGUAAUCUUGUGAACGAUUUUACUUUGAAGUUUUAUGGUAUUACGCCUAAUAUAAGAAUUGUUCUAAGUAAAGGAAGACUCAA